AUAGCAUUAAAAUCCAUUUAGAUUUGCAUCAGUAAUAUUGAGAGUAUCAGGACUUAUAACCAGAGAGAGCGAACUAGGCUGUAGCCGACACUCAGUAUUCCUGAGCAAUAUCACACAGUACAAUUUAUUGUACAAGGAUACAAUGAAUCCUCAUUCUCUGAUCAGAAAAACUUUGUAUGGGAUGACUUUAACAAUGCUGCCGAUUUGUUUAUUAUCAUUUUACGUCACAGUUACAUCUGCGAGUGUUCACGGUGAGAGGUAUAUUGGUCCCGUUGUCAGGGUGAUGGGGAUCAUUGGUCAGCAGCAGUGUGUCCGGGAAUGUAGACACAGGCCCAAACUGUGUCGUGGAGUCAACUAUCGGAAACAGGAACUGCUGUGUGAACUUGUGUCGGCCAUCAACGAAACGGAACAAAAACCCGGCUAUGUUAGAAUUGAACUCGAUCAGAGUGCCAAUAUUACACAGCAUUGUAUGUCGUGCUCCGCUGACGAAAUGUGUAUUACGCUUUCCAGUAAAAAGGUCCACUGUAUUGCAGAUAGUGACAGUCCGGCGGAUUGUACAUCCCUUCACAACAAUAACUGUGGCCUACCUAGUGGACUAUACAGAAUAAAGCUACCGUUCCUAGGUCACGUGACAGCUUUCUGUGACAUGGAUACAGAUGGGGGCGGCUGGACAGUGUUUCAGAAACGACAGGAUGGUUCUAAAGAUUUUUAUAGAACAUGGACGGAGUACAAGAACGGAUUUGGAAAUUUGAGAUCUGAGUUUUGGCUCGGCAACGAAAACCUACACCACCUGCUGAGUCAGGGGACGUAUAAGAUGAGGAUGGACAUGGAGGACUUUGACAACCAGACACGUUACGUCAAGUACACCAGUUUUAACGUAGGAGACGAGUCUAGCAAGUACACAGUCACGUUGACAGGGUUUUCCGGGAACGUUGGGGACUGUUUCACAAAUGCAACCAUUGCUAAGGUUAUUAAUAACAUGAAGUUUUCCACAUGGGAUCAAGACAAUGAUCUUUUUACACGUAACUGUGCCGCCCAAUCGACAUCUGGAUGGUGGCACAACUCCUGUGCGAACCCUAACGGCCUGUAUCUGGCAGGGGAAACCACUCUCAACAAUCAAGGAGUAACUUAUCAUCCAUGGCGGGAUAAGUUCUAUUCGCUUAAGUCGACUCGCUUAAUGGUAAGACGAGUUGCCUAGACACUGGAUUACAUCAUCAAUAAUGAAGAUUGUUUUUCUCUUUAACAUAUUUUGUAUAAUUAACAGAUUUUGAUACGAUGAUUAAGCUUUGGGUUGUUUGGAGUAAAAUUGUCAUUCAUAUAAUGAACAAGACUCUUAUUAUUAUUCACAUGAGCUGCUAAUAUUGAUAGAUUGUGAUUUUCAAGAUAUGCAAAACAUUGUCUGAUAGUUUUUCUGAUUAUUACAAUGUUUAAAAUAUUAGUUAAUAUGUGGCGUG